GUGAAAUAUCGCGAUAGGUCCCCUUUCUUCUCACUACGUAAUGUGCCGUGCUGCUUAUGGCGGCGCUGGUGACAGUGCUGAAAGCUGUUGGGUAUGAAGUGAAAAAGAACUGAUUUUUGUACCAUCUGAAACUCCUACUUCAAGUUCAGAUCACUCAGAAGAAACAAAUCAAGGAAAAACGAAGAACAUCCCCUGAAGACGACCCAACGGUGCAACAUCUCUGAAGAAGACACAACGGAACUUCACUCGUAGGAAGAAAACCGAGUAAACCAUAACGACCAAAUUAAGCAACCAAAGAUCUUCAAAGCGGAACGACUAGAUUGAAACAACCGUCCAUCUAUGUUAACAGCAAAGACGAUACUUGAUCUGAGACAAGAAGUUUGUGCCUACUCAACAGCUUUGACAAAGCACACGUCCCAACGCUGCUCCAAGCCCUACUCAUCCUCCCCGCACCUCUAACUCCACUGGGGUGCGGCGAGGGCUGCUGUCUGCUAGUUUAACUUUCUUUCUCAGUUACCUCCUGUAUCCCUUUUUUUUUGUUUUUUUGUUUUGGUUAUCUUCCACCUUCAUCUUGUUCAAAGCAGUGUUUCCACACCUGCAUUUGCCUUUUUUUUUCUUUUGUCCCAUUUUUUCUUAUUAUUUUUUUUAUUAGAACGUGUGCCAGAAAUCUGAAGUAAAUAAGUGUGUGCGUGCUUAAGAACAAAGAAUCUAAAACAUUGGUUCAGUGUUUGACUGUCCAAGUGAAAACAGCGUUCCACGACAUCUAAGCAAGAAUUCCAGAGGUGUUUCACCUUGAAUAAAAAUAAGGGAGAGGGGAAAGUUUAAAAGAAAAACACAAAUUGACAAAAGAAUUAACUUGAAGGCAAAAGCAAGUCAUAAAGUAGUAAACCUGUAAUCCAGGCUAACCCAGGUGUGGUAAAUUUGGCCAGGGUUGUAUGGGAAAAUAAUGGGUAGUCCCUGGAAAGGCUUUGUAGAGUUUACCUUGCCUGCGUCGCCUCCUGCUGCGUUUGUUAGCGCUGACCUGAGCAGCACCUCCCCUGUUGGGCUCAGCCUGUCUCCGUACGGCCGAUCCAUGAGUUUCGACCCAAGCCUGCUGCACAGCAAUGGCUUUGCUAAUGGCACAGGAGUGGGCCUGCGGGAGACUGGUGUAGUGGAGAAGCUGCUCACCUCUUAUGGCUUCAUCCAGUGCUCAGAGAGGCAAGCUCGCCUCUUCUUUCACUGCUCACAGUACAAUGGCAACCUACAGGAGCUCAAGAUUGGAGAUGAUGUGGAGUUUGAGGUGUCGUCCGACAGGCGCACGGGCAAGCCAAUAGCUGUGAAGCUGGUAAAGAUCAAGGCUGAAGUGCUGCCCGAAGAGCGAAUCUCUGGGCAGGUGGGGCCUGACUUGCACGCCUCUCCCUUUACUAUGCUGCAUGGUUAUAUACAUCCACAUCCAGUAGUCUCAGCCAUCCCCAACCACCUCGAUGGAAAGUCUGCACCUGGUCAGGUUCCCACCGGCAGCGUGUGCUACGAGAGGAAUGGGGAGGUGUUCUAUCUGACCUACACCCCCGACGACGUGGAGGGUAACAUGCAUCUGGACACAGGAGACAAAGUCAGUUUCUACAUGGAGACCAACAAGCACACCGGAGCAGUCAGUGCUCGCAACAUUGUGUUGGUCAAGAAGAAGCAGAUGAGGUGCCAGGGAGUGGUUUGUGCGACUAAGGAAGCAUUUGGAUUCAUUGAGAGAGCAGACGUAGUGAAGGAGAUUUUCUUCCACUACAGUGAGUUCAAGGGUGACCUGGAGGCACUGCAAGCUGGAGAUGAUGUGGAAUUCACCAUUAAAGACAGAAAUGGGAAGGAGGUGGCUACAGAUGUGCGUCUGCUACCUCAAGGCACGGUUAUUUUUGAGGAUAUCAGUAUUGAACAGUUUGAAGGCACCGUCACCAAGGUUAUCCCCAAGGUUCCCACCAAGAAUCAGAACGACCCACUGCCUGGCCGAAUUUGCGCCAAGAUUAACGCCACUGAGAAAGAACUUCUGUUUGGGGAGAAAGACACAAAGUCCAAAGUGACUCUUCUGGAAGGAGACCAUGUCCAGUUCAACAUUUCCACUGACCGCAGAGACAAGCUUGAGCGAGCUACAAACAUUGAUAUCCUGCCUGACACCUUCCAUUUCACUAAAGAGACCCGUGAAAUGGGUGUGAUAGCUGCAAUGCGUGAUGGAUUUGGCUUCAUUAAGUGUGUGGACCGUGAUGCCAGAAUGUUCUUCCACUUCAGUGAGGUUUUGGAAGAGAGCCCACUGCACAUCUCGGAUGAAGUGGAGUUCACUGUCGUUCCUGACAUGCUGUCAGCCCAGAGGAACCAUGCAGUGAGGAUCAAGAAGCUGCCCAAAGGAACGGUGUCAUUCCACACCCAGUCUGAGCAGCGCUUCAUUGGUGCUGUGGAGAAGGAGGCCACUGGUGCUUCCAACACCAAGACCAGUGCCAGCCCCAGCAAGGCCAAAGAGAAGAAAAAAGAAAAGGUUAAAGUUGAUAAGGAUGCAGAGGAAGGAGUGAUUGCAUAUGAAGACUGUGGAGUGAAGCUGACUGUGCCCUAUCAUAUCAAAGACCUGGAUGGGAGUGUGUUCCCUCAGCUUGGAGACAAGGUGGAGUUCGCCAUUAGUGAGGUAAAGAGGACUGGCCAGCAGAGUGCAGUCUCAAUCAAGGUUCUUAACCGCAUCACCAACACCAAGAGGCUUUUGGGCUUCAUCGCAACGCUGAAAGACAACUUUGGCUUCAUUGAGACAGCUAACCAUGACCAGGAGAUUUUCUUCCACUACAGUGAGGUGUGUGGUAACGUGGACAACCUAGAGCUGGGAGACACAGUGGAGUACACUCAGGCUAAGGGCAAAGGGAACAAAGUCAGCGCUGAGAAGGUCACCAAAGUCCCACCUGUGAAUGGAGUGGGAGAGGAUGUUAGCAGUAAUGUGUUUUUGGGGAAGGUGAUCCGCCCCUUGCGCAGCGUGGACCCCUCUCAGACUGAAUAUCAGGGGCUUAUUGAGGUCCUAGAAGAAGGAUCAAGUAAGGGUCAGAAUUAUCCGUUUGGCAUUGUGGGAAUGACCAACAAAGGGGACUGCCUGCAGAAGGGGGAGCUGGUGAAAUUUCAGUUGUGCACCGUACCGCAGACAGGACAGAGGAUGGCCUGCAGUGUUGUCCCACAGCGCAGGGCUCUGGUGGAGUGUGUUAAAGACCAGUUUGGUUUCAUCACAUAUGAAGUAGGCGAGAGCAAGAAGCUGUUCUUCCACAUGAAGGAAGUGCAGGAUGGCUUGGAACUUCAGGCUGGAGAUGAGGUGGAGUUCUCAGUCAUCCUGAACCAGCGCACUGGGAAGUGCAGUGCCUGCAAUGUCCGUAGAGUCAGCGAGUGUCCUAAACCAGUGGCAACCCCUCGACCUGAUCGAUUGGUGAACCGUCUGAAGAGCAUCACUUUAGACGAUGCCAGUGCCCCACGUCUGGUGAUCAUCAGACAGCCCCGGGGUCCUGAUAACUCAAAGGGCUUCAAUGUGGAGAGGAAGCUUUGCAAGGUCAGCGUGAUUGAGUGAUUACUGUUCGCUGCUCCUCCCUCUCCACAAUGACAACAGCACCUCAGAGAACAGAAGCAAUCAAGACUAAAGGACAGGGAAGGGACUUGCACUGUUAAACACCAAUAAGACAUAUGGAAUCUCUCACACGCACAUGCACACAUCCCCACACACACACACAAAUCAGCAUGCACAUUCUCUCUCUCCCUGUCCCAGAAUCCCUUCCAAAACAACCCACUCAUCUCACCUGACCUUUCAUGUCAUUGUGGUGUUUGCGAGCUUAUCAUUGAGAAUUCCCUGUUUGUGUGAGUGUAUGUGUGUUUUCUGUGAGUUAUGUAUCAAGUAUUUUUAAAAUAAACGUUUGAGGGAAUGGAACGUGUUGGUGUUGGAGAAAGAAAAGUGGGUUUGUGAUUCCAACACCUGUGAAAAUCUGGUGUGGAGACAGUAUGAUGGUUAAUCUGUUCCCAUCUGGGCUCAAAGUGAAAAUGUCUGGAAUUCUGCGCCUGUUUAUUUCAUGAUUUGUAUUAUUCCCUUGUGGCAGUGCGAGUGAGAUGUUUGGUGAGUUGUAUUUUCUUCCACUUCUCUAAUUUUGUUCUUUCUGUCCACUUACUGGAAAACUUUAUUCACUUUGUUGAGCAUCUCUUUUCCAGAUAAAGUCCUUUCCUCUGGAGAGAUGUUAGGUGCAUUUCACAAGAUUUUCCGUCUUUUCUCCUGUUCUGUUGUGUAGAACAGCUUUUGCAACCACUUGCAUUUGAAACACUGCUCUAGGCUCAGAUUGCUUAUGUGUACCAUUUGUGUGAAUGACCUUUUUAGUUUUUUUUUUUCUUUUUUUUUAAUUAAGUUUGAGUUGAUUGAGUUUAUUUUAUAACUAUCCUUGACUUCAAACUUCCAUGUUUGUCAGGUGCAGAAUUCCUAAUGGCAUCCUGUAUCCCGCAGUCCUUUUAUACAAUGUUUUUUUUUCUUUCUUUUUUUUUUCUUUGCACACCAUACUUUUGCUUUUUUUAUUAUUCUAUUUAAACUCACUGUCUGCUAAUGAGAAAUAAAAGUAAGAAUAAGGUGCCUAAAGUCUAUAAAUGAAACAAAACAAAAAAACACAAAAAAAAACAAAAAACAAACAAACAAAAAAAAGACAAUAGACGUAUACUCUAUCCCCAGCCGGCAGUCGCCAAAAUACAAGAACAAUCUUAGGGUGGCUUUUCUCCUCCAAGUAGAAUUAAUACUGGUCUGCAUCCCAAGUACCCAUGGAUGAAAAAUGCUAUAUGUAAUGUGUGCUUUUUACUUAGUGGGAGGUUAAAAACAAAAAAAACAUUACACAACUUUGCUUUAAUGUGAGAAAUAAAAAGGAGGAAAACGAUACAAAAGGUUCCAUUUGAAAUCAUAAAGAUCAGGAUUUCAAUUAAUGUGGAUAGAGACUAUUUGCUGUGCUUCUUACUGAAAAUCAAAAUAUUACUGUUCUGAAUUUUCUCUGGAGAUCACUGGGUUCCUGUUAACCACAGGUUCUCCUCUAUACUUUUGUUAAUGGUCUUGAAUGAAACAAUUGAAAUAAACGUUUUAUGAAAAUCAUUCCUCGUGAA